AGAUUUAACAUCGUUGUUAGAAAUAGAAACAAAAUUAUCAUCGACAGAACUAGAAUUUCAACAGAUAUAGCCUCCCCAUUAACGUCUCCUAAUACUUCGGUAUCAUCUUUAUAUCCCAUUGUUAUUGAAACAUCAGAAAGUUUUCAACAUGAUGAUAAAGAUAAAGAACAGCAACAACAACAACAACACAAACAUUCACUAGCAGAAGAAAACGAUUUAAAUAGCAAGAAAAAGAAAUUACAUUCCAUUUGCAAUUGCAAAAAGAAUAACAAUAACAACAACAAUAAUAAUAUUAUUACAUGUUGUCAUACUGCAGUUGACACUUUAAAACAACACAAGUCACAAAAUAAUACAAAUAAUACAACAAUAACGACAACAACUAAACGUAAUAACAAUAAACAAAAACCAAGUGUAGCAACAUCUUCAGAAACAUUAACAAAUCAAAGUCAAGAGGUUAAAGCUCGUUUGGCAACACUAAGAACUCGUAAAAAAGUUUCAACACAACAACAACAGGAACAAAAAGGACAAAAGAUUGGCAGUGGGUCAGCUGCUACAGCAGGACCAUUAGGAUCAUCACUAUCCUCAGAGUCUAUUAGUGAAAAAGUUAGCGAAAGUAGUGCGGAAAACGAUUUUAAUAGGACUCAGCUGGGAAGAUAUUUGAUAAAGAAAGUUUCCCCCGUUCUUGAUGAUGCAACCUUAAAUCUAAUCGAAACCUUGAGCGAAGAAGCGAUACUCCUAGGACUUGCGACACUACAUCAACCCAGACCCAAACGUAUAGCAGCCAAUCCAAUUACACCACAAAUUGCUGCUGUUACAGGCGUGCAAACGUCUGCAAGCGCUGCUCUUAAACCAUUGCCAAUCGAAGCAACAAAUACGAAUUCGAAGAAAAGAGCGCGUAUAAUGUCGCUGUAUGAGCGUCCAUUUCAAACGACCAAUGAUGGUCGCGGUGGUGGCGGAGGCGGUAGUGUUGUGGGCAAUGGUUAUAUGACUUCAAGUCGGUCGAGUGCCAGUAGCGGUGGUGCUGCGAUGGUUAUGAAUGAUACCAGUGAUACACAAGAAAUGGCAAAUCAAUAUUAUCUAUCGGGUAGCAGUGGUUCUGUUAUUGCAGGCAAUUCGAAUCCUUCGUUGGUGGGUAAUGGCAGUGCCAUCAAUCAUGCGCCCACCAUGGGAACACUGUGUAAUAUUGGAAACACUUGCUAUUUGAAUUCCGUGGUAUACACUCUGCGUUUUGCACCACAAUUCUUGCACAAUCUUCAUCACUUGCUAGCGGAUUUGAAUGCUCUGCAACAGAAUAUAGCGAGAGCACGAGCAAAAUCGUCUUCCUUGGGUCGCGGCAUUAGUGCAGUGCACAUGGAGAAUGCUCGCAGUUGGAGUAGCAAAGAUUUAGCCUCCAUGGAACAGGGCCAACAAUUCUUCUGCCCUAACACAAGUUACUCAAAGAGUUGUCAUCAGCUGUUGACUGAAAAACUGCAUGAACUCUAUCAGAGUUUGCAUCGCAAUGAGAUUAAUGAAUCGACCGAACCUCAUCAUGCCGAUACUCUAUUGCAUGCCAUACAAGAUGUUAGCAGUAUAUUUGAGGGUAAUCAACAACAAGAUGCGCAUGAGUUUUUAAUGUGUCUAUUGAAUAGUAUAAGAGAAACAAGUCAAACCUUAAUCAAAGCCAUAGCUGAGUGUCCAGAUGUGAUAUUGAAUGGAUACAUUUCCAACCCUGAUGAAGUUGAACGAGUUAAUGAAAACCAUACUUCUGUUGCUGGCAGUGCUGUUGGUGGUGGCAUUGCAAUUGGCACUAGCAAUAGUAAUAAUAUUAAUAGUUUAGCCUCAGCAAGUUCAAAAACUUCCUCCUUCUUCUCACGCAAAUCAAAGCGAAAAGAUGAAAGUAAAAAUUCCAAAAACUCCCGCCUUCAAUCGCCUCUUAAAGAUGCCCUCAUGUCUAGUGGCAAUACACAGACCACGAGCACAGCAAAUAGUCUCUUCUACCUAAAUACAAAUGAUCUCAAUACGACAUCGACUUCGGCUGCCUCAGCAACAGUUGGAGCGGCUUCAAUUGGCGGUGGCAGUAACUCGCUAACCUCACCUUCAAAUUCUACUGCUAUUGUGGCGGGCAGCGCGACAGCGUUAGAUGAAACAGAUGCCACGGCUGUGGCCUUAAUACUAAAGGAUAAACAACGUUUGGAGGGUAAGAUUAGAGAAUUGGGUUUGGAUUUCUUUAAUGAGGACUUUGAGGGCAUAACGGUGUCGACCACCAAGUGUUUGAGCUGAACGAUAACGGAACAAAAGGAAACCAUGAUUGAUAUUGCUGUACCUGUGCCCCAAGCGGGUUACGAAAGCAACGAAUUUAUGGAUAGACCAUCAUCAUUUAUACAGAAUUCCUGCAUUACCCGCGAGUAUUUUCGCAAUGAAAACAAAUAUCGCUGUGAACAAUGUUGUGGCUAUACCGAGGCCAUACGUUCAAUAUCUUACGAAGUCUUGCCACGUCUCUUGAUCAUACAAUUGAGCCGUUUUAGCGGUGGCAUGGAGAAGAUAAACAGUUACAUUCCAACAUCAUUUACCCUGCAAUGUUUCUGUUCCAAAUGCUGUGAACUAAGUGAUGCCAACAAAUUACACAUUUAUAAAUUAUACAGUGUGAUAACGCAUGUGGGCGCUACUAUGUCGGUGGGUCAUUACAUUGCGUACACCUGUUCGCUGGAUUGGGCCAACGAAUACAUCAAUUGUCCCAAAGAGCAACGAAGAAGAGCUAGUCAAGAACGUAAUCUAGGAGCAGCGGCGGGUAAUAGCACUAGUGCCGCUAAUAGUUCGCAAUCUUCAGCGGCCUCCUCUGGAUUGGGUUCAUCGAGUACCGGGUUUAUGAAAAUGAAGAUGAAAUUCGGACGUAGUAAAGCCUCCAGUUCGGGAGAUAUGAGUAAAAAUGUCAAACAAUUAAAUGGUUUAAAUAGCAGCAGCAAAGCCAUUACAAAUGGCAUAGGAAAAUUAUCUAUGAAUAAUUCGACAGCGGCUGGUGUUGGUGGCGCAGCAACACCCCAAUGUCCGGUCACUUGUCAAAGUAUUAACUGUUGUGCCAUGCGCCUUUCAGCACAACAGCAAUUGCAAUACCAGUCAGCCAACAAUAGUACUAGCGAUUUCAGUGAAGAAUCUUCCCAAUAUUCCAACGGUUCUGGCUACAAUACCCCAGCCAAUUACAACAACAACAUACAUCAUAACUACUCCACAUCGGCCAAUACCUCGGGUUACGGCAGCACGGGUAGAGGUUCCACAAAAGCCUCCUAUGCCACCACGCAAAACAAUUGCAGUGAACCCAUCUGGUAUAUGUGUGACGAUGAUAAAAUCAAAGCCAUGACACAAAGAGAAUUUGAAGAAUUAUUAUCACCGGCGCGUAAAAUAACUAUAACUCCCUAUUUACUCUUCUAUGCCCGUUACAAUCUACAAUCCACACCACCAAAAUCGGCAACGGCAUCUACAUCCUCUCCGGGUCCCGUAACAUCAUCGCCACAGACCUCCUGGUCAAAUGAAAGUCUACAGAGUAGUGGUCAUAGUGCCCAUAGUUCGGGUAUACGUAUGUGAGUAACAGCAACAACUAAAAGUAAGCAUAAGAGCAAUACAAGUUAUAGUAAUAAUAUUAAUCUUAAUAAUAACAACAACAACAUUUACAAUAGUAGUGGUAGUAAUAAUACUAAUAAUAUUAUUAAUAAUAAUAAUAAUAAUUGUAAUAAUAAAAGCCUGACUAAAUGCAAUUGUAAAGAACAGGUUAUAUAAGUUAAACUUUAUUGAGAAAGAAAAAUAUUUAAUUCAAAAUUAAAAGUAAACCACACAAUGAUAAUAUUUCCAAGAAAAUAAGAAACUUUAUAAAAAUUAACAAAAAAAAAAAAAAAAAAACAUAUUUGUAUUUAAAAUUUCAAUAUUUUUUUUUAAUUUAUCAU